AUGGGGAAACAACUUGACAUUCACCAAAGGGAAUACCUUAUCAGACUUAUAUCAGAAAAUGACAUUACUAAAGCUCUUAAGGGAAUUGGAGACCUCAAAGCACCAGGCUUGGAUGGAUUUGGAGCCAAGUUUUUUAAAAGCAGCUGGACAACUAUAAGAGAAGAUGUGGUAGCAGCUAUUAAGGAAUACUUUGAAACAGGAAAAAUCUACAAAGCUUUCAACAAUGUUGUAGUGUCCUUGACUCCUAAAGGACAAAGUGCUUCUGAAAUCCAAGAUUACAGACCUAUAACUAUCUGCACCACUUUCUACAAGAUUAUUUCAAAGAUUCUGACCAACAGAUUAGGAGCUGUCAUUCCUAGUGUGGUAAACCAUAAUCAAGCAGCUUUCGUACCUGGUCAGAACAUCCAUCAGCACAUCAUGCUUGCUACUGAAUUGCUUAAGGGUUAUAACAGGAAAGGAGGCACACCUAGAAUCAUGAUUCAAUUAGAUCUGCAAAAAGCUUAUGAUAUGGUUAAUUGGAAGGCUUUAGAGUGCAUCAUGAAGGAGAUGGGAUUCCCUAACAAAUUCAUUCAUUGGAUUAUGCUGGGCAUCACCACUGUAUCUUAUAGAUUUAACAUCAUGGGAGAGUACACUGAUAUUUUGCAGGCCAAAAGGGGAAUUCGCCAGGGUGAUCCUCUAUCACCUAUGCUAUUUGUUCUCAUAAUGGAGUAUAUGAACAGAUUGUUGAUGAAAAUGCAAAGAGACCCUAAUUUUAACUACCAUGCCAAAUGCGAAAAGUUGAAAAUCACCAACCUUACCUUUGCAGAUGAUGUUCUAUUAUUCUGCAGAGGUGAUGAGAUCUCUUUACAUAUGAUUCUUCAAACUUUCAGGGCCUUCUCCAUUUCCACGGGGUUAAUUAUGAAUCCUAACAAAUGUAGGAUUUAUUUUAGAGGUCUAGACAAAGAGAAGAGAAAGGUUCUGAAAGAGAUGUCUGAUUUUCAAGAAGGUACGCUUCCAUUCCGAUAUCUCGGUAUACCUCUGGUUGGCAGGAAACUAAACAUCACUCAUUUUAUGCCCUUGGUGGAUAGAAUAGUGGCUAGAAUCCACCAUUGGUCUUCAAAGCUUUUAAGUUAUGCCAGCAGAAUUCAAUUGGUGAAAAGUAUAACAACUGCAAUGGUUCAAUACUGGUUGCACUGUCUUCCUAUGCCCAAAACCGUGAUCAAGAAGAUUGACUCUAUCUGUCGCAGUUUCAUCUGGACCGGCAAAGAUACAGUGAGCAGAAAGUGUCCCGUGGCUUGGAAACACAUGAGCUGUCCUACUGCUCAAGGUGGUUUGAACCUGAUAAAUCUGCAGAUUUGGAACAAUGUCCUACUCUUAAAAUGCUUAUGGAAUCUGUGCAAAAAAUAUGAUACUCUGUGGGUGAAAUGA